CUGAGGCUGACUAUCAAAAAUAACUAUCAUUUAUGUUGAGGCUCUACUAUCAAGAACAACUACCACUUAUGUUGAGGCUCGACUAUCAAAACAAUUACCACUUAUGUUGAGGCUCGACUAAUCGGGAGAUAAAACACUCUUUAUCAAAAAUAACUAUUAGACCAGAUUCCCCCCACCCCACCCUACCUUUCCUAUCCCAUAUCCAGUUCUUUGCUGGUCUAUUUUGUGACUAUCCAAACUGAAGAUUUAUUUCUUUGUAGAAGUAGGAAUAGGAAAAUUAGGGAUUGUAAAUUGAUUAAAAAAAAAUUGAAUUGAAUUUCUUCUUCUCUAUCUAAAGCACACAUACUCAUUCUCUUUCUCUCUCUAUUAUUCUUGCUAUAGGAUUCUUUUUUUCAAAGGAAAUUCUUGAUCUUUCACCUCUCUAAGGAGCCCUAAUUUACCCUAGUCUUCCUAUCAAUUUGAUUGAAUUCUAGUAACAAAUUUAAGAGAGAAAUUAUCAUAAAGUUAAUAACUUUAAGGAGGAAAAAAAGAAAGAAUCUCCAAAAACAAAGCGAAUUCUUCUCUUAAUUGAGUGUCUCUGUCAUCAGUUUGUCUGUUUCUCACUUUCUUUUUUCCUCAGCGGCCUUCAAAUUUCAACCAUGUUUUUCAUGGGAUGAAAAUCUCAGAUACUCAAAAAGAUAAUUGAGCCAUUUGCAUUUUGUCCUUUUUUUUUUGUGAAAUGUUUUGCAAUAUCUCCUGAAGUAGCAGUAAAGAACAAAUUUUGGCAGCCAUAUGGAGGAUGAUAAUAAGACCACCUACAAAUACAAGGAUUAUUACAAGGUUCUUGAAGUAGAAUAUGAUGCAUCCGAUGAGAAGAUCAGAUUAAACUAUAGGAAACUUGCACUGAAGUGGCAUCCUGACAAACACAAGUGUAACGAUGCAGCAACCACUAAAUUUCAAGAGAUUAAUGAAGCUUAUUCGGUGUUAAGUGAUCCUGAUAAGAGACUUGACUAUGAUCUAAAUGGAAACUAUGAGAUAAAUAAUUACACCUUGCCAGAAUAUCUAGCCAGAUUCAAAGGGAUGAUACUUACCUGUAAUGGGCUUGGUAUGAGUCAGGAUUCAGUCUGGUCAGAGCAAUUGACAGAAUUUAACAAGUUGACGGACAAAUGAAAGUUGGUGGUCAUCUUUUUUCUCGUCUUCAGAUUCACCGUCUUUCCUAUGGUACCUCACUUACCUCUCCCAGAUGUUUAUGGUAGUAUCCUUCUGUUAUCGGUGAGAUUUAUUUCCUAAAGUUAAAUAUUCAUCAUCUCGCUCGAAGGUUUUCCAGAGCAACCAUGUUAUGUGUAACCGACAGGAUAUCUGUACCUAAUAUGUCUAUGCAACUCAGACAAUUUUUACAGUGAUCAUGAUUUUGGUAUUUACUGAAUUCCCUAUAGACAUCUUGUAAAAUGUAAUUUGUGAAACAAGUAUACUGGAAGAUGUCAUUGCUAACUCAUUGCCUUCCUCAAGGUUGUAUCAAUUCACAUGUAAUAUUUAAAGAUUGAAUCUCACUGAACUUGACAUAUUAACCAAAUUUGAUGCCA